GAAAAAACAAUAUGAGUAGAAACAAAAUUUUUAAAUAAAUAUUAUGUUUUUGUCACUUAUCAUUUCACUAAAAAGUCUUCACCUGUGAUAUGGUCAUUAUCAUAAAAUUACAUCUAUAACUCGGCCCACCUUUAAGUUUAUUAAAAGCAAUCUACUGACGUAUAUAUCAUUCACGAGGGACUUUGAAAAUGCCGAAAGAGGACGAACUUAAUUUUAUGGGCACUGACCCAGGUGCCGUAAAAUUUGGAAACUUCAUCAACUACUAUUCCUUCCAUAGUGCUAAACAGAGAAUCGAGAACCUUCACCCGGAUAUGUUCCCAACACAAUCCUUUAAUGAACCACUACUAUGUCUGGAUAUUGGAUGUAACACAGGUGAACUUACACAAGAACUUUGUACAUAUCUAGAAACUGUUUACACAAAUAAGAUAUAUAUGCUAGGUAUUGAUAUUGAUAACAAUUUAAUACAAAGAGCUAAUGAGACUAAUUGCAAUUCCAAUAUAACAUUUGCUCCUCUAGAUGUGAUGAAUGAAAAAGAAUUUCAAAUCAUAGAGAAGUUUUUAGACUAUCAUAAAAGAAAAACAUUUGACAUAACAUUUUGUUUCUCAGUCACAAUGUGGAUACACAUUAAUAAUGGUGAUGAAGGCUUAAAGAAGUUUCUAGGUUUUUUAAAAAAGCUCUCCAAAUUAAUUAUCAUUGAACCACAACCGUGGAGUUGCUAUAGAAAUGCACAGAGACGUGUAAAGAAAUCUGGUGGCAGCUUUCCUUUAUAUAAUGAGUUAAGAAUAAGAUCUGAUGUGGAAUCAACGAUUGAACAAUUUUUUAUUGAUGAUCAUUAUAAAAAAGUCUAUGAAUCUAUUAAUUCCUCAUGGAAUAGAAAAAUCAAAAGUUUCCAAAUUGAUAGAUAAUGAUUUACCUAGAAAAUAUUUUAACAUUAUAUACUUAUAGGUAUAUCAGUUUUUAUAAAGUUUAUUAGGAAUAUGUAAAUAUAAUUACCUAAUGUAUACUAAAUUAUUAAAUAAAUAUUGUGGACUCAAGAAAACAAGUAAGUACAUGGUUAUGUUUCAUUUUAUAUUUCAAGAAAAUAAUAAUAUUAUAUUGUUAUAUAUAAAUCUAGGUAAAAAAGACUAAUUAUGAAUGACAAGCCAAUAUAUUAAAUUUACUGAUUGUAAUUUUUUUUAUGUCUAUACUUAUAAUUGGGUGUCAUUUUUGAAUAGACCUAAGUGAAAUUUGUUCAUGACAUAGGCAAUGGCUGCUCUUAAACAAAAUUGUAGGCAUCAAACAGCUAACAUUCUAUAGUCAGUAUGUAUUAUUAUACUGUGAUCCAUAUACAAUUUAAAUAGUAAA